AUGGUUUAUCCUAAUUUUGAACUCGCGAGCCCAAUCGAUUUGAAGAAUCAGGUACAGGAAAAUGCAGCCAACGGCACUGAUAGCCACCGGCUACUUCCGGAAGGAUAUUGGGCGACAUCAGCUACGAGAGAUGCAUUUUUGGAGCGCUGUGACGUUGGUGAGGGUAGCUCACUUCGCUCUAUCUGCCGCGGAAGUUUGCUUAACGAACAAGUGCUCGCAUCACAGUCCUCCAGUCUGUCCGUGCUAACGAACGAAGAUUUAUUUGUUGCGGAAUUGGCCAGAACGAAGCCUGCUUUAUUCGAAAGCGUCUGUGAUAUAAUUUUCAAGCAAUGCGACUUUCGGCCACCCAUAAACUUGCAUGCCGAAGCGGCGAUCGGACAAAACAGACAACUUUCACUUCAACCAAUGCCGAGCGAAAAGAUGGAAUUCUCGUUGGCUGGAUACUGUUAUCAACAAACAAACGUUAGCAGUUAUCGGUUCUAUUUUCAAGGGCUGUAA